GUCGCGCCGUUGUCGAGCUGCAGGCGCGCCGCGCGGCCCAUUCACGGCGCGAGGCGCAGCCACAGCUCUGCCACAGGGUCCCGACAGCCCGGCGCUGCGACACCGGCGCGCGCGGCCGUAGGAAACGAUGCUCAGCAUCCGCUUUAACCAGCGCCAGACCGACACCCAUGUCACGCCGACGCUCGAUCGCUUAGCGGGCAAGCACGGCCAGGAGAACGAGGACCCCGGUUUGAUGUCUGAUGGACUCGAGAGCGUCGGCUCUCCGACGACUCCCCCGGCCGCGGCCGUCCGCAGAGCUCAGGCCGCGUCGGCGACGAAGCGGCGCCUGUCGUUGGGAUCGCCGUCGCCGCCGCGCCGACCUUUAGGUGACGCGACGAACGCGAAGCCUGUUGUCAAGCCGGCCCCCGAGGUCGCGCCGGAAGUGGAGCUGCCGCCAGUGGCCAAACAGCAGCCCGUCAAGGAGUGCCGCCGCCUCGGCCUCUUCAGUGUUGUUGCGCUCGUGGCCUUCCUGGCCUUCCCGCUCCUCGCCGUGCCGCCCGUGACGCACAAGGCCGUCGAGCUUCGGUCUACGCCGGAGCGCCAGGUCUCGCGGACGGUCGAGCGCCCGGCGCCGCCGUUACCGCCGCCGCAGCGCGCCCUGCCGCAGCCGGCGGUGAUGAAGCGGGACCCGCUCGUCGCCAAGGCCGGGCGUGCGUUUAUCAAAGCCCUGCUCGCGCCGCUGCGGCUCGUGGGCGCGGUGCUGCGGUGCCUCUUCGGCAAGGCGUGCCGCAAGAACUGAAGCAUAUCCUGACCUCCCGGCGGCGGCGCGCCAAUCCUGUAGCUUAACUUAUAUCACACUCG